GGGGAGGGAUGCGGACGGGCAAAGAUGGCGGCCUCGUCGAACAACCCGCGGAAAUUCAGCGAGAAGAUCGCGCUGCACAACCAGAAGCAGGCCGAGGAGACGGCGGCCUUCGAGGAGGUCAUGAAGGACCUCAGCCUGACGCGCGCCCACCGGCUGCAGCUGCAGAAAACACAGUAUUUACAGCUGGGGCAGAGUCGCGGCCAGUACUAUGGGGGGUCCCUGCCCAACGUCAAUCAGAUUGGGAGCGGCGCGAUGGACCUGCCUUUCCAGACUCCGUUUCAGUCAUCAGGAUUAGACACCAGUAGGACUACUCGGCACCACGGGCUGGUGGACAGAGUGUAUCGUGACCGGAAUCGCCUGGGCUCGCCACACCGCCGCCCGCUGUCUGUGGAUAAGCACGGCAGACAGGUGGACAGUUGUCCGUACAGCACCGUGUAUCUGUCGCCUCCUUCGGAUACUAGCUGGAGAAGGACCAACUCAGAUUCCGCCCUGCACCAGAGCACCAUGGGCCCGGCUCAACCUGAGCCUUUCUCGGGAGGGUCACAGGACAUGCAACAAAAAAGAGUCUUACUGUUGACCGUCCCUGGCAUGGAGGAAGGCACGUCGGAGACAGACAAAAACCUUUCGAAGCAAGGAUGGGACUCCAAGAAGACGGGAUCCUCCAGGCCUAAAUCCUGUGAAGUUCCAGGAAUCAACAUCUAUCCGUCGGCCGACCAGGAAAACACUACCACGCUUAUCCCCGCCACUCACAACACAGGUGGCUCCCUGCCGGACCUGACAAACAUCCACUUCCCUUCUCCCCUCCCGACGCCGCUGGACCCGGAAGAGUCGACCUUCCCCUCCCUGAGCAGCUCCAACAGCACCGGGAACCUCGCAGCCAACCUGACGCACAUGGGCAUCAGCACAGCCAAUCAGGGCAUGACAACGACGCAGGCUUCUUCCCAGCAGCACCGGCAGCCCACCGUCAGCCCCCUCUCACUGAACACAGACUCCCGGAGGACCCAGGCCCAGCAGGUCUCUCCCACGCUCUCGCCUCUAUCGCCGAUCACUCAGGCUGUGGCGAUGGAUGCUCUCUCCCUGGAACAGCAGCUUCCGCCCUAUCCUUUCUUCGCCCAAACAAGCCCGCAGCAGCAGCAGCAGUCCCAAGUGGGCAGCUCCCUCCCGCCAAACAGCCCUAUGAUGCAGACCUCCGGCUUACAGAGAGGGGUGCAGCUCCCCCCGCUUUCCGUCACGGCCUCCUCCACAAUCCCCCAGUCUCCACCAGGCAGCCAGACCCAGACUUCGAUGGGAAUAGACAUCAGCUCGGGGUCUCUCCAGCAGUACCGCAGCAACGCCGGCUCCCCGGCCAACCAGUCUCCCACCUCUCCUGUCUCCAAUCAAGCUUUUUCUCCUGGCAGCUCUCCCCAACAAACGUCCAUUCUGGGGAGCGUCUUCGGUGAUUGUUACGACCAGCAGAUGACAACCCGGCAGGCGAACGCUUUGUCACAUCAGCUCGAGCAAUUCAACAUGAUCGAGAACGCCAUCAGCUCCAAUAGCCUGUACAGCCCGUGCUCCACCCUCAACUACUCCCAGGCUGCCAUGAUGGGGCUCACCGGGAGCCACGGAAGCCUGCAGGACUCCUCACAGCUCAGCUACGCCAGCCACGGGAACAUCCCGAACAUCAUCCUGACAGUGACAGGAGAAUCUCCUCCCAGCCUUUCGAAGGACCUGACCAACUCUUUGGCCGGGGUGGGGGACGUCAGCUUCGAUUCAGAUUCUCAGUUCCCGCUGGACGAACUCAAAAUCGACCCCUUGACCUUGGACGGGCUGCACAUGCUGAACGACCCCGACAUGGUCCUGGCCGACCCCGCCACAGAGGACACUUUCCGGAUGGAUCGCCUGUGAAGAC